AUGAAAUCCAUAAUUUCAAUAGCGUUUCUUCUUCAAGUAAUCAUCAACACUGUUAAUCUCGUCACAGCUCAAUUCCCCGCAGAGCCUGUCUUCAGAUGCAGAGACACAGGCAACUACACAUCAAGUUCUGAGUAUUAUACAAACUUCAAAAGUGCAUUGAAUGCCGUUGGCGAUAUGGAUAAGUAUAGUGGGGGAACUUUCAGUUCAUCCGAAGGCGAGAAAGAAACAGGUUAUGCCAUCGGCCUUUGCUCCGGUGUUUCUAGCAAAUGGGGUGGAAACUGUCAUGACUGUAUAUACCAGUUGACCAUUUCACUCGUAGUAAAAUGCCCAAAUCAAAAGGAAGGUGUGAUGUGGGGUUCAAAUUGUAUGAUAAGUUACUCAGAUCGUAAAAUAAUUGGAGUUCUUGAUGAUUGGGUUUGGAUAUUUUUACCAGAUAAACAAGGAACUCUUGUAAAUAAGCCUGAUCAGUUUAACAAAGCUUUGUAUGAUUUGAUGAAGAGAUUACAGGGGGGAGCAGCCAGAGGUACCGAUAAAAAAUCUGCAUUUGGGUCGACAGUUUAUCUACCUGAAAAGAAACCUGUGUAUGGGACCAUGCAGUGUACUGCUGACUUAUCCAAGGAGCUGUGCACUAAAUGUUUACAAAGUAUAAUGCUGUCACACCAUCCUUGUUGUAGCGGAAGAAAGUCUGCGAGAAUGUUUUCACCCAAUUGUUUUUUUAGUUACUCGACUGAAGAUUAUUCCACAUGGAAUUCCAAAUGGAAACUAUAG